CGAUUCCAUCCAUCCACAUAGAGCUAAAUAUGCUAAAAGCAGCGGCAAACCCCACCCCAUCUUCUCCCAAGGAGCAAAAUGAAUAAGUACAGCACGUCGCCUCCUCACUCUUGGACGGUUCCAAUAUCACUCCUUGAUGGCUGGCGCGUUCCUUAACUUACCUGCAUAUUUCGAUAUCUACUUUGCUUUGCACUCUUACGAAGCUUCCAGACAUCGCGCACAAAGCUAUGACCUAGCUGGUCUUACACUCUCCCGACGCGAUGACCAUAUAUAUACCCUACGACGUAAACGUGUACACAUCAUCUACGCACAUAAACAAAUACUACGACCAUCCUUUUGUUCAGGAUCGAAUGAAGCUUCCCCUUAUUUACAGUCAGGAAAAGCAAGAAACAUGGCUCCUGCUAUCCUCCAGCUCCCCGACUCCUCCAGAGUCCUAAAGCAGACCCCUACACUAGCCGCCGUAACAGAGAAAUAUGACAGUUCUCUCCGAUUUUAUCUCAACGGAUCAAAGGUUGUGCUGGAAAAUGCCGAUCCUGAGGUCACCUUGUUGGAAUAUCUUAGGGGCGUCGGGCUGACGGGGACCAAACUGGGAUGCGCAGAGGGCGGGUGCGGUGCUUGUACAGUGGUUAUCUCGCAACUGAACCCCACGACCAAGCAAAUAUACCAUGCAUCCGUCAACGCCUGCCUAUCACCGCUUGUCAGUGUGGAUGGGAAACAUGUCAUCACAGUGGAGGGGAUUGGAGAUGUGAAAAGCCCGCAUGCCGUUCAACAAAGAAUCGCUGUGGCGAAUGGUAGCCAGUGUGGGUUUUGUACGCCGGGUAUUGUCAUGGUAAGAUGUUAUAACUCCCCUUUUUUGGUUGAUAAAAAGGAGUUUAUAUGCUCUGCUACGUAAUGACCCCGCUCCGUCGGAACAUGCAAUCGAAGAAGCAUUCGAUGGCAAUCUUUGUCGGUGUACUGGAUACCGCUCCAUCCUCGACGCCGCCCAGUCAUUUUCUUGUAGGAAAGCAAGUGCCAACGGCGGGCCAGGUUGUUGCAUGGAAAAGAAACAAUCGGGAGGUUGUUGUAUGGAUAAGGAUAAGGCGUCAACAAAUGGUGAGAUCAGUAAUGACGACAGUGUCGCAAUCGAGAAGUCCUUCGAUGCGCCGGAUUUCAUCCCCUAUAAACCCGAUACUGAGUUGAUUUUCCCUCCGUCGUUACAAAAGUAUGAGUUUAAACCGUUGGCCUUUGGAAACAAGAAAAAACGCUGGUACCGUCCUGUCACCGUGCAGCAGUUAUUGGAGAUCAAGGACGCUUGUCCAUCUGCCAAGAUUAUUGGGGGCAGCACGGAGACACAGAUUGAGGUCAAGUUCAAGGCCAUGCAAUAUGUCGACUCGGUAUAUGUUGGCGAUAUUCCAGAGUUGAAACAGUACGUUUUCAAGGACGAUUGCUUGGAAUUGGGUGCGAAUGUCACCUUGACGGAUUUGGAGGCUAUUUGCGAUGAAGCGGUUAAGAGAUAUGGACAAAAUAAGGGCCAGGUGUUUGCUGCAAUCAAGAAACAAAUCAAGUACUUUGCUGGAAGGCAGAUUCGCAAUGUUGCCUCGCCAGCAGGAAAUAUCACAACCGCUUCACCGAUAUCCGACCUAAAUCCAGUUUUCGUUGCAACUGACACGGUCCUAGUUGCAAAAUCUCUAGAGGGAGAUACGGAGAUUCCGAUGGGAGAAUUUUUCAAGGGAUAUCGAGCUACGGCUUUGGCAGCCAACUCUAUCGUUGCAUCGUUGCGGAUCCCCGUAGGCCAGGAAUCUCGGGAAUAUCUCCGGGCGUACAAGCAGGCAAAAAGAAAGGAUGAUGAUAUCGCCAUUGUCAAUGCUGCUUCGCGGGUCUCGCUCUCGGAUUCAAAUAUCGUGACAAGUGCGAACCUAGUAUACGGCGGCAUGGCCCCAACCACCGUCUCUGCUAGGCAAGCACAAACUUUCCUUGUCGGAAAGGACUGGGCUGAUCCCGCCACACUUGAAGGUGUAAUGAAUGCUUUGGAAAUGGAUUUUGAUCUUCCAUCCUCAGUUCCGGGUGGGAUGCCAACAUACAGGAAAACUCUUGCGCUGGGGUUCUUCUAUCGGUUUUACCACGAUGUGCUCUCCAGUAUCCAGGGGAACACCACCACGGUCGACAACGAAGCGGUCCCAGAAAUCGAACGAGAAAUAUCCUCUGGUCAGAAAGAUCAUGCAGCUACCAAGUCAUAUGAAAAGCGCAUUUUGGGAAAGGAGGUACCCCAUGUCGCUGCUCUGAAGCAGACUACAGGUCAAGCCCAAUACACAGAUGACAUCCCCCCUCAGCACAACGAACUCUACGGGUGCCUUGUCCUUUCCACAAAGCCUCGGGCAAAAUUAUUAAGCGUCGAUUUCAGCCCUGCUUUGGAUAUCUCAGGUGUAAUCGACUACGUCGAUCACACCAGCCUGCCGAACCCAGAAGCAAAUUGGUGGGGCCAUCCAAGAGCUGAUGAGGUAUUUUUUGCCGUCGAUGAGGUUUUCACAGCUGGUCAGCCCAUUGGGAUGGUUCUUGCUACGUCCGCACGAUUGGCCGAAGCGGGUUCACGAGCUGUCAAGGUUGAGUAUGAAGAGUUACCUGCCAUUCUGACCAUUGAGCAAGCGAUUGAAGCAAACUCGUUUUAUGACCAUCAUAAUCCUUAUAUUAAGCGUGGUGACACAGAGGCUGCCUUCGCCACAGCGGAUCAUGUUUUCACUGGCGUCUCAAGAAUGGGCGGGCAGGAGCAUUUCUAUCUUGAGACCCAGGCGUGCGUGGCUAUUCCCAAGCCAGAGGAUGGGGAGAUGGAGAUUUGGAGUAGUACGCAAAACCCUAACGAAACGCAAGAGUAUGUGGCCCAGGUCACUGGGGUUGCAUCUAACAAGGUUGUAUCGAGAGUCAAACGACUUGGCGGUGGGUUCGGAGGGAAAGAAUCUAGAUCGGUUCAGCUGGCUGGUAUCUGCGCAGUGGCUGCCUCCAAAUCUAAGCGCCCCGUUCGUUGCAUGUUGAAUCGUGAUGAGGAUAUUCUGACAUCCGGUCAACGACAUCCGUUUCUCUGCCACUGGAAAGUCGGUGUUUCAAAAGAAGGAAAGCUAUUGGCGCUGGAUGCCGAUGUUUAUGCUAACGCGGGCCAUACCCAAGACCUGUCUGCUGCGGUGGUUGAUCGAUGUUUAUCGCACAUUGAUGGUGUCUAUAACAUUCCUAACGUUCAUGUACGUGGGCAUGUCUGCCGUACAAAUACGGUGUCCAACACUGCAUUCCGCGGCUUCGGUGGACCCCAAGGCCUAUUUUUCGCUGAGACAUACAUGUCAGAGAUCGCGGAUCAUCUGAACAUCCCCGUGGAAAAGCUUCAGGAGAUAAACAUGUACAGUCGAGGGGACAAGACGCAUUUCAAUCAGGUUCUCAAUGCCGAUUGGUACGUGCCUCUCAUGUACCAGCAGGUUCUGGACGAGUCGGAUUAUGCUUCCCGUCGCGCAGCGGUUACGGAAUAUAACCGAACUCACAAAUGGUCCAAAAGAGGCCUUGCUAUUGUUCCAACAAAAUUCGGUAUAUCGUACACUGCCCUAUUCUUGAACCAGGCUGGUGCGUUGGUGCAUUUGUAUAAUGAUGGUAGUGUCCUUGUUGCUCACGGCGGCACCGAAAUGGGCCAAGGCCUGCAUACCAAAAUGGUCAUGAUCGCAGCAGAGGCACUUGGUGUUCCUCAGUCCGACGUCUUCAUCUCUGAAACGGCUACCAACACCGUGGCUAAUGCAUCUCCCACGGCAGCCUCCGCAAGCUCUGACCUCAACGGCUAUGCAGUCUUUAAUGCCUGCGAACAGCUCAACCAGCGCCUCCAACCAUACAGGGAAAAAAUGCCCGACGCGACGAUGAAACAGCUAGUCAAAGCAGCGUAUCUUGACAGAGUAAAUCUCACUGCAAACGGUUUCUACAAGACGCCCGACAUAGGCUAUACGUGGGGCGAGAACAAGGGCCUGAUGUUCUACUACUUCACCCAAGGAGUUACGGCAGCUGAAGUCCAGAUCGAUACGUUAACAGGCGACUGGACGCCGCUGCGCGCAGAUAUAAAAAUGGACGUGGGACGGAGUAUAAACCCAGCUAUCGACUACGGACAGAUCGAAGGUGCCUUCAUCCAAGGCCAGGGCCUCUUCACGACAGAAGAGAGCCUCUGGCACCGGGCCUCGGGCCAGAUUUUCACCCGUGGACCGGGCACGUAUAAAAUCCCCGGCUUCAGAGACAUACCGCAGGUGUUCAAUGUGAGUUUGCUCAAGGAUGUGCAAUGGGAGAAUCUCCGGACCAUCCAGCGAUCCAGGGGGGUUGGCGAACCGCCGCUUUUCAUGGGUAGUGCUGUCUUCUUCGCGAUACGGGAUGCGCUGAAGGCGGCACGGAAACAAUGGGGGGUUGACGAGGUGCUUAGCUUGAAGAGUCCGGCGACGCCGGAGAGGAUUCGGAUUAGUUGUUGCGAUCCGAUUGUGGAAAGGAGUCGGGUGAAGGAUCAGGGUGAUGGAUUUUUUGUUUCCAUUUGAACCACGGUUGAAGAAUAUUUAUAUAUAUAUAACGCUGAUUACGCAGGGGAUUUUAACUCCGUGAUAGGGGAUUUUUCAUAAUUUUUUUCCUUCUCUUCUUUCUGUCAAUAAUGAAAUGAAACUGUAGGAGGAUCAAUGUUGUGUUUAUUAUAAUCUACCUAGUGAGGUUCUCUAUAUAGAAUGUGAGACAUGGGAGUGCAGUAGCUGGAGCAAACUAUCAACAGAAAUUAUCUAUGAUAUAAUGACCUAGGGAAUGAUAAGAUGCCUAGUUCUGAUGAUCAUAAUCGAAUAACUUGUCCCGCCACAACCCA